AUGGCGGUGCUGUGGUGGCUUCUGCAGCUGUUGGCAGCCCUGGUGGCCGGGCUGUGGUGGGCGUGGCUGCGGCGGCCGCGGUGCGACGCGCCGGGGGAUCCCCCAGUCCCUCUGUUGGGGAACCUCAUGCAGCUGGGGAACCCCAGGACCAGCUUCCGCACACUCUGUCGCAUGCAUGCCGUUCACGGGUCCACUUUCUGUAUCUACGUGGGCCCCAUCCUGUACGUGGUCGUCGCAGAACCCCGCGAUGCCAAGCUGCUGCUCGGCUCCACUAAGAUAGUCGACCGCACCCGCGACUCCCCCUACCUGCACAACAUGGUCAGCGUCUUCAUUGGCGACGGACUCUUGAGCAAGAGAGGCGACCAGUGGCGGGCUCACCGCAAGAUCAUUUCGCCCACUUUCCACCUGCAGAUUCUGGAGCAGUUCUUGGAGGCUUUUAACACCGGCGGUGAGGUUCUGACGAAACGCCUGGCCGCGACGUGUGGUCAGGAGGUGGACCUGUUCCCCGUGGUGUCGCUGACCACGCUGGAGAUGAUCGUGGAGACCGCCAUGGGCAGCGCGAGUGCUGACGACGGGGCAGCCGGGGGCCCGACCAACCGGGACUUCGUGGCGGCCUUGUCUGAAGCCGUCCGCCUUAUGCAGGAACUGACAGUGCGGCCCUGGUUGCGGGUGAAAUGGCUGACACGACUAACGCGCACAGGCAGGGAGACACGGCGUGUGGUGGCAACACUGCGGCAGUAUGGCGACCGUGUGGUGGCUCUCAAGAGGCGUCAACUGCGCAAUGGCGUCGCAGCCGACCAGAGCCAGCCGACCCCUGACAAGAAGCGCCGGCUAGCUUUCCUGGACAUGGUCCUCUCCUCGGGUGGCGGACUUCUUACCAACGAGGAUGUCUACGAUGAGGUGUACACACUAAUCUCAGCUGGCAACGAGACGACAGCAAAUACCAUCAGCUUCACCCUGGCGCUCCUGGCUCUGCAUCCUGAGUGGCAGCAGGCGGUGCACGCCGAACUCGACGCCGUGUUCGGCGAGGGCGAGAACUGCCACAGGCCAGCUACUCCACAGGAUCUUGCGAAGCUGCAGGUGCUCGACCGGGUCAUCAAGGAGACACUGCGGAUGUUCCCGGUGGUCCCGCUGCUGCCACGCCAUGUGCCACAUGACCUGGUGCUGCCGUCCACUGGGUACAGGCUCCCCGAGGAUAGCAUGGCCGUCGUGUUCAGCUACUUCAUGCACAGGAACGCCAACUACUUCCCGGAGCCGGACCGGUUCGAUCCGGACCGCUUCCUGCCGGAGAACUGUGUGGGUCGCCAUCCCUACUGUUAUGUGCCAUUUGGUGCUGGGCUGCGCAACUGUGUGGGCAAGCGUUAUGCAGUGAUGCAGGUGAAGACCUUGCUGGCAGCUGUGCUGAGGAAGUUCUUUGUGCUGCCAGUGUCCACGAUGGAGGAUCUGCACGACCUCGCCCUCUCCAUCGUCAUCCACCCUAUCAGUGGCAUGCGAGUUGUCUUACAGGAAAGGCAUCACCACGAUCAAAACCCAUCACCACCGCUUGAGGGAGCUACUGGGAUCAUCUGA